AUGAGUGGAGAUCAAGACACAUCCGCCGCUGAGGUUACGCAGCGACAGGUUCGUGUGCAGCUCACGACCCAACAAGAGGAUAUCGCCCUCCCUGAGAGCACCGGUCCUAUUCUCGUGCCCACUGGCCUGCGACGUUAUGCGCUGUCGACACUGGUCAACAACCUUCUGGGAAGCGAGAAGCCCGUGCCGUUCGAAUUUUUGAUUAAUGGAACAUUCCUGCGGACCUCGAUUGAUGAAUACCUGACUGACAAUGGUAUCUCCGCUGAAACGACCCUCGAGAUUGAAUAUGUCAGAGCUCUUAUUCCGCCUCUUCACAUUGCAUCUUUCCAGCACGACGACUGGGUCAGCGCCACUGAUGUGCUGUCAUCAACUUCGCACGCCGCAUCUUGGGCCUCUGGCGCUACCUUCUCGAAGGGCCAGGAACGGAUUCUGUCUGGAAGUUACGAUGGUCUUCUUCGGAUAUGGAACAUGUCGUCCGAGACUAUCGCUACAUCUCCGGCAGCCUCUGAGGGAGGACACACUGCGUCCAUCAAGGCCGCCAAGUUCGUCUCGCCCAACCAGAUCGCCUCCGCCGGCUUGGACCGCACCGUUCGACUGUGGAAGUAUACCGAGGAUGAUGACUUUGUUGGAAAGAUUACACCUCAGCUAGAGUUGUACGGCCACAAGUCCGGCAUCGAAUCGCUGGCCGUGCACGCGCCGUCUAACCGUCUUCUGACUGGUUCUUCCGAUCACAAUGUUGGAUUCUGGUCUACGAAGAAGGCUGAUGCUCCCGCCGCUCCGGAGAACCUUCUCCCUAACACUGCCCGUACCUCCAAGCGCCGCAAGUUGAACACCUCCGUGAGCACACCACAGCGUGGUCCUCUGGCCCUUCUCUCCGGGCACACUGGACCCGUCUCGGCCGCUAUCUUCGACGCCAAGGAUUCCACUGUUGCAUACUCUGCUUCGUGGGAUCACUCUCUCCGGACUUGGGAUCUGGUCACCUCCGCCCUUGUCGACACCCGCACCACCUCUCACUCUCUUCUUUCUCUCGAGCACCUCCCCGAGCACAGCCUUUUGGCUGCCGGUACCUCCGCCCGUCACAUCACCCUGAUUGACCCGCGAGCCUCUGCCACAACCGUGGCGGCAAUGACCCUGCGUGGUCACACCAACGCCGUUGUCAGCUUGGCUCGCGACCCCUCCAGCACGUACGGUCUCAUUAGCGGUAGCCACGACGGCACAUGCCGGAUCUGGGAUAUUCGUUCCACCAAGACUGACAAGGAGGGUGUUGUUGGUGAGAGUGUGUAUUCGAUUGCCCGCAAGAGUCUUGAGGAGGAAGGUAAAGUGGAUAGCAAGCGUGUUGGUGGCGAGGGUGUUAAGGUGUUCAGCGUAUGCUGGGACCAGACUGUGGGCAUUGUGAGCGCGGGUGAGGAUAAGCGGAUCCAGAUCAACCGCGGUGAGGGUGUCCUUUCUUCGAAUAAGCAGUAG